AUAUGGUUCUUGUUCAAAGUAUUUUCUAUGCGUGGUGUUUCUUUUUGUGCAUUACAAACAUUGUUUGUAUUACACCACAUUCUAAUUUGAAAGGAAAUGUUGAGUCUUUACUGAAGUUAACUCCCUGGAACUGGAAACACUUGGAUACAUCAAUCAAAGUAGACACCCCGGUCUCUGUGGAUAUUUCUCUUCUGUCUCACUACAGACUUACUGGAAAACACUUCAAUAAGUAUCAGAAACUUCAAAAGCAAAGAGACUGUGCUUCUAUUCUAAAAUCCAUACCCAACACAAAAGGGAAGGAUGGCGUCUACACUAUAUACCCGGAUAUGAAGACAAAGAAACUGGUGUACUGUGACAUGACUACCGAGGGAGGGGGCUGGACGGUUAUUCAAAGGAGGAUGGAUGGAUCAGUUGAGUUUUAUAAAUCUUGGGAAUCCUACAGAGAAGGGUUUGGUAAUGGUAAUGGAGAAUACUGGCUAGGUAACAAUGCCCUUCAUAUCCUUACGAAAAAUGAAAAGCAAGAAUUGAGAGUGGACCUUCAGAACUUCUUAGGCAAAAAGGCAUUCGCCAAGUAUUCAUCAUUUUCAGUGGGAAACGAAUCCCAAAAAUACAAGUUGACGGUUAGUGGGUACAGUGGAACUGCAGGGGAUAGCCUAGGUGACCAUAAUGGUGGACUGUUUUCCACGAAAGACCGAGAUAAUGACUCAUGGGGUAAAUCCUGUGCUGUGGUUUAUAAAGGGGCAUGGUGGUUCAAAAGCUGUCUAAGCUCUGACCUAAACGGACCUUACCACAGAUCUGCUGUCAGUACAUGGGGCUCUGUUGUUUGGUACAAAUUUGGAAAUGCUCAUCUUUCCUUGAAGAAUGCAAGAAUGAUGAUCAGGCACAAGGGAUAAUAUUGUCUUUUCAUAAGAAUAA